UGCAGUCCUUACAAGAGCGACCUACUGUUCAAUUAGGUGAAUAGUUUAAGUGAAACACAUAUUGAAUUUAUGCAUUGGAUGGUGUGUUAGUGUUAUACCUAAUACUAAGUGAUUUUGGACACAAUCUUCGAAUAUAUAAGACGCAUCAAUGGCUAGUUAUGAGUGACUUGAGGGAGCACCGACCGCUCCUACGUGAAGACAUUUCUGACGAAGAGGUACAGCAGGAGUUUAGGUUACCUCGACGCCCUAUGGGCUACAGAGGCAAAGCAAGGAACACUGUGAAAGGAGCAGCAGCUGUCAUCAAAAAUUGGCCAGAUUAUUGGUCUUCAUCCGUAACUUACUGGUGGAUAGGCAUAGGUAUGUUUGCCUUAAUGACAUUUGUACUAUAUAGUAGUGUAGUAACUUACUCUCUGCUCCCUAUUACCGGUUCAGUACCAAUUCCGCACUACGUGACUUUAAGAAAAAAUACUUUACCUGAAGUUUUUAUGCAUGUUAUUGUUAAUAAUGAAAAAGAAGUAGACUUAAACAAAUAUCUGCCUUAUGUAGAAAUUAUUGCUAACAAAUAUUUGCACUACCAAUUCAAUCUAAUUUAUAUGAUUAAUGAUACGCUUGCAACUGAAAAAGCUAUGCACCAAGCUCAAAUAAAUAAUGAAGAUGCUAUGAAUUCUCUUUGGACAGAACAUAAUUUAUUUCUAACAGAUAGAGUUCCAAGUAAAAUAAAAUCUAAUAUUAUCAUACAACACGCUAGCUUAUCAAAUUACUUGGACGGUUCUCCUAUACAGCAAUAUUGGAAGCAGUUGCCAAACCACUUGAUUGGAUUUUUCUUAAGAGCUGUAUCAAUUUGGGACAAAGGAGGUAUUGCUUUCAAUCCUGUUAUUUUGACACCAAGAUCGCCAGAUGCCAUAUAUAUAGAAAACUUAUAUAGCCUUCUUUCAACGUACGAAGAGCGUAAAAAACCUAAUGUAACUACUAACAUGAACAGUAAGAUAGAAGAUAUAGAAAUACCUAAAGAAUUGAAAAACCACAAAAGAAAAUAUAAAAAGAAGGUAAAUAAUAUUCGUGAUAUAAUAGAUGCCUUAGAAACGGAUAUUCCUGUGCACCAAAAUCAACCAGAAGUUUUAAGCGAAGCUGAAGAUAGGCAGGAUUUGAUUAAUUUAGAGAUGGCACCAUCUAAAGUUGAAACAGUCGUUUUAAGUAAUAGCUACAGUUCCAAUCUUACAAGCAAAUCGGUGCUGGGCGAUAACCAAACAAUCUUUAAUGAUUUAAUUGAAAACAACCAAACGAAGAUGUCGAAUUACAUAUUGCCAUAUUUUUUGGAUUUCUUAUUUCAUGAUAAAUCAAACAGAACCCCACAAGUAGUAUCUGCUGAUCUCAGUUCCAUGAAAAGAAGUACAAGAACCAUAUCGACGGAAGAAACUCAAGGAAAUGUCAAAACAGGAAAUGUAAUACAACCUAUGAUUAUUUCAGCACCAACACAAUUUGAAAAGGGGCAGUCUAAUACAGAAGAUAAUGCUCCGAGAAGUAUUGAUGUAGAAAACUUGACUAUCGAUUUGAAAGGUAAUAUUUUGGCUACAAAAAACUCUUGCCACGCGUUCUUAGGGAGCGUUUUCAGCAAUGUGAAACAUCGAACAGAGGAAGAUUCGCUGAAAGAAUUUAUUAUCACAGAGCUGUCUUUGUUUUGUAACGGGCUUUUAUCUACAUGCAAAGGUAUUGACGUUAUUUUACUAUAAUUCGUGUUAGAGUUUAUUGUUCUAUUUAUUAUAUUAUGUAGGUUAUUAGUCAUAUUGUUUGUAUUUUGAUAAAGUUGUUAAUAAAAUGAAAAUCAAAAUCACUUACA